CCACGCCUCCUCAGGCUUGCGACGUCACCGCGGCGCCGCUCGGCGCGUGUCGGGCUAUCUUCGCUUGCGAGUACGUGUUUCGCAGGUUGCCCCUCCGCCUGGCUUCAGCCACUACCGGAGGGGGUCGAGCGGGCCGGCGGCCCGGAGACCCAGUGCGCGUCGCGAGAGCUCAGAAGCAGCGGUCAGGGAGAGGCCCGUGCGCAGCCCUGGGCGGACGCACCGCUGUUUGGGGGUCCUCAGAGCGCGGCGUAGGAGUCGCUUCAUCAUGAGAAAUCUAAAGUUAUUUCGGAGCUUGGAGUUCAGGGAUAUUCAGGCUCCAGGGAAACCUCAGUGCUUCUCUCUCCGAACUGAACAGGACACAGUGCUCAUUGGCUCAGCACAUGGACUGAUAGAAGUAGACCCUGUCGCAAGAGAGGUGAAGAAUGAAAUUCCUCUGGUGACAGAAGGCUUUCUCCCAGAGGAUGGAAGUGGCUGCAUUGUUGGUGUUCAGGAGUUGCUGGAUCACGAGUCUGCGUGCGUGGCCACAGCUUCUGGAGAUGUCCUACUCUGCAAUCUCAACACACACCAGCUGGAAUGUGUCGGGAGUGUAGCCAGUGGUAUCUCUGUCAUGAGUUGGAGUCCUGACCAAGAGCUGGUGCUUCUUGCCACAGGUCAACAGACCCUAAUUAUGAUGACAAAAGAGUUUGAGCCAAUCAUGGAGCAGCAAAUCCACCAGGAUGAUUUUGGUGAAAGCAAGUUCAUCACUGUUGGCUGGGGCAGGAAGGAGACGCAGUUCCAUGGAUCAGAAGGCAGGCAAGCCGCCUUUCAGCUGCAAAUGCACGAGUCUGCUUUGCCCUGGGAUGACCAUAGACCACAAGUUACCUGGCGUGGUGAUGGACAGUUUUUUGCUGUGAGUGUUGUUUGCUCAGAGACAGGGGCUCGAAAGGUCAGAGUGUGGAGCCGGGAGUUUGCUUUACAGUCAACCAGUGAGCCUGUGGCAGGACUGGGACCUGCUCUGGCUUGGAAGCCCUCAGGCAGUUUGAUUGCAUCUACGCAGGAUAAACCCAAUCAGCAGGAUGUUGUGUUUUUUGAGAAAAAUGGACUUCUCCAUGGACAUUUUACACUUCCUUUCCUCAAAGAUGAGGUUAAGGUUAAUGACCUUCUCUGGAAUGCAGAUUCCACUGUGCUUGCAGUUUGGCUGGAAGACCUUCAGAGGGAAGAAAAUUCCACUCUAAAAACCUAUGUUCAGCUCUGGACUGUUGGAAACUAUCACUGGUAUCUCAAGCAAAGCCUGCCCUUCAGCACCUGUGGGAAGAGCAAGAUUGUGUCUCUGAUGUGGGACCCGGUGACCCUAUACCGGCUGCAUGUUCUUUGUCAAGGCUGGCAUUACCUCUGCUAUGACUGGCACUGGACGACUGACCGGAGCUCAGGAGAGAAUUUAAGUGACAUGGCAAAUGUAGCUGUUGUUGAUGGAAACAGGGUAUUGGUGACAGUCUUCCGGCAGAGUGUGGUUCCACCUCCCAUGUGCACCUACCGACUGCUGCUCCCGCACCCUGUAAAUCAAAUCAUGUUCUCGGCACACCCUAAAAAGAGCAAUGACCUCGCUGUCCUAGAUGCCAGUAACCAGAUUUCUGUUUAUAAAUGUGGUGAUAGUCCAAGCGUAGACUCUACGGUGAAGCUGGGAGCCGUGGGUGGAAAUGGAUUUAACAUUUCUCUUAGAACACCUCAUCUGGACAAGAGAUACACAAUUCAGUUUGAGAACAGUGAAGAUGAAGAAGUAAACCCACUGAAGCUCAGCCUUCUCACCUGGGUUCAGGAAGACAUUUUCCUGGCUGUGAGCCACAGUCAGUCCAGCCCACAGUCCGUCAUUCACCAUCUGACUGUGGCCCCUUCUGAGACGGACGAUGAGCAGGGGCAGCUCAAUAUCAGUUCAUCUGUGACAGUGGAUGGGGUCAUAAUCAGUCUGUGUUGCAACUCCAAGACCAAGUCAGUAGCACUGCAGUUGGCUGGUGGUCAGAUACUUAAGUACCUUUGGGAAUCACCCUCUCUGGCUGUUGAACCAUGGAAGAACCCUGGUGGAUUUCCUGUUCGAUUUCCUUAUCCGUGCACACAGACCGAACUGGCCAUGGUUGGAGGAGAGGAAUGUGUCCUUGGUCUGACUGAUAGAUGUCGCUUUUUCAUCAGUGACACUGAGGUUGCUUCAAAUAUCACAUCAUUUGCAGUAUAUGAUGAGUUUUUAUUGUUGACGACUCAUUCCCAUACUUGCCAGUGUUUUUGCCUUAGAGAUGCGUCAUUGAAAACAUUACAGGCAGGUCUGAGCAGCAGCCAUGUGUCUAAUGGGGAAUCUCUGCGGAAGGUGGAGAGGGGUUCACGCAUUGUCACUGUUGUGCCCCAGGACACAAAGCUUAUAUUACAGAUGCCAAGGGGAAACUUAGAAGUUGUUCAUCAUCGAGCCCUGGUUUUAGCUCAAAUUCGGAAGUGGUUGGACAAACUAAUGUUUAAAGAAGCAUUUGAAUGCAUGAGAAAACUGAGAAUUAAUCUCAAUCUGAUUCAUGAUCAUAACCCUAAGGUGUUUCUUGAAAAUGUGGAAACCUUCAUAAUACAGAUAGAUUCUGUAAAUCAUAUUAAUUUGUUUUUCACAGAAUUGAAGGAAGAAGAUGUUACAAAAACCAUGUACCCUCCACCAGUUACCAGCACUGUCCAGCUGUCCAGCGAUCCUGAUGGGAAAAAAGUAGACCUUAUCUGCGAUGCUAUGAGAGCAGCCAUGGAGAACAUAAAUCCUCACAAGUACUGCCUAUCAAUACUCACCUCUCAUGUGAAAAAAACAACCCCAGAACUGGAAAUUGUGCUGCAGAAGGUACACGAGCUUCAAGGAAGUGCUGCACCUGUUCCUGAUGCUGUGAGUGCUGAAGAGGCCCUGAAGUAUUUGCUGCUUCUUGUAGAUGUUAAUGAGUUAUAUGAUCAUUCUCUUGGGACCUAUGACUUUGAUUUGGUCCUCAUGGUAGCUGAGAAGUCACAGAAGGAUCCCAAAGAAUACCUUCCAUUUCUAAAUACACUUAAGAAAAUGGAAACGAAUUAUCAGCGGUUCACUAUAGACAAAUAUUUGAAACGGUAUGAAAAAGCCAUUGGCCACCUCAGCAAAUGUGGACCGGAGUACUUCCCAGAAUGCUUAAACUUAAUAAAAGAUAAAACCUUGUAUAACGAAGCUCUGAAGUUAUAUCCACCAAACUCGCAGCAGUACAAGGACAUCAGCAUUGCUUACGGGGAACACCUGCUGCAGGAGCACCUCUGUGAGCCAGCAGGGCUCGUGUUUGCCCGCUGUGGUGCCCACGAGAAAGCUCUCAGUGCCUUUCUGGCUUGUGGCAGUUGGCAGCAAGCUCUCUGUGUGGCAGCCCAGCUUCACUUGACCAAAGACCAGCUGGCUGGCCUGGGCAGAACUCUGGCAGGAAAGCUAGCUGAGCAGAGGAAGCACGGCGACGCAGCCACAGUUUUGGAACAGUACGCCCAGGAUUAUGAAGAAGCUGUGCUCUUGCUGUUAGAAGGAGCUGCCUGGGAAGAAGCUCUGAGACUGGUACACAAAUAUAACAGACCAGAUAUUAUAGAAACCAACGUAAAGCCUUCCAUUUUAGAAGCCCAGAAAAAUUAUAUGGCGUUUCUGGACUCUCAGACAGCCACAUUCAGUCGCCAUAAAGCACGUCUGUUGGUGGUGCGAGAGCUCAAGGAGCAAGCACAGCAGGUGCAUCUGGAUGAUGAGGCACCCCACGGUCAAGAGUCAGAUCUCUUCUCUGAAACUAGCAGUGUCAUGAGUAGCAGUGACAUGAGUGGCAAAUAUUCCCACAGUAACUCCAGAAUAUCAGCGAGAUCAUCUAAGAAUCGGCGCAAAGCGGAACGGAAGAAGCACAGCCUCAAGGAAGGGAGUCCACUGGAGGAUCUGGCCCUUUUGGAGGCAUUGAGUGAAGUGGUGCAGGGCACUGAAAAAUUGAAAGAUGAAAUAUACCAUAUUUUAAAGAUACUCUUUCUAUUUGAGUUUGAUGAGCAAGGAAGGGAAUUACAGAAGGCCUUUGAAGAUACUCUGCAGCUAAUGGAAAGGUCAAUUCCAGAAAUUUGGGCUCUCACCCCCCAGCAGAGUUCAGCUACACCUGUUCUAGGUCCCAAUUCUACUGCAAAUAGUAUCAUGGCCUCUUAUCAACAAGAAAAGACUUCAGUUCCUGUUCUUGAUGCUGAGCUUUUUAUACCACCAAAGAUCAACAGAAGAACCCAGUGGAAACUGAGCCUUCUAGAGUGACUCUGACCCCAGUUAGGAGGGCUCUGGCAGAGAAGGCUGUUUUCCUUCCACUCCUCACUCCUCGAGGCCUGGCUGCUGGGAACUGGGAAGAGUAAGACCAUCUACCUUAGCAUUACAGAGAGCUGCUCUGUACAGCAGACCUCAGCAGACACCAAUUCUAUUUUACUUUGCAUAUAAUCUUAAUCGUUAGCAAGAUUUUAAGCUUUAACCCAUAUAGCAUCAUUUUGUAAAAAUUACUGUUCUUCUAUUUAGUGCUGAUUGAGAGCAUAUUUCUGGUAUUUAUGGUAAUCAGGACAUUGGGUUUCAUUCCCAGCUUCAGGUCUGAAUCAUAUUGGGACCGUAGACAAAUCACAGAAUUGAUUUGUGCCUCAGUUAACUGGGAAUGUUUCGUGGCUGCUACCUCAAAAGUGUGAAGAAAAGUUAAAUAAUGUUUUCGAAUUGUUUUAUGUUCCUUGAGGAAAGCCUUAUGUAUAGACAACUAAUGGCUAUUAGUGCUCCCAACAAUAGGUCAAAUUUAAUCAUUUAAAUGACUUCACCUUGAACUAAAGCAAAAUGAAAAGUGAAAUCUAUCCUUUGAUAUUCUAAGCUUUCCUAUGCUGACAGCUCUUAUUUUGUAAUAUCUUACCAGGUCAUGUGCUUCCAGUUAUAACUGGUUUGAGCCUCCUAUCACUACAGUGUCCAUACAGACUGUUUUUAUUGCCUGUGAAUGUUCUGCUAGAGUUAGCAGUGUUAGAGCUAGAACAGAUUAGAAUUUCUGAAACAGUAUUGCGUACAUUUGGGGUGGUGAGCAGUGUGCAUCAUAGGCAUGAGCGGUAGUAAGUUACUCCUUUUUCUCCAAAUGUUGCUUCUUUUAAUAUAAUGUUUUUGUCAGUAUCUAGGUCAUUUCAUUUAUUUUUCUUUAUGGUGCUUAACUGACCUCUGUCUUUUAGUUAUUUUCUUUGGAAGAAAUGAGAAUGUUAUCUCUUUUUGGUGAGUCUAGAAAAAAGCUCAGUUCAUUUGGACAGUAGUUUGUGGCUGACUCCUGGGUAAGGUUAACAAUCUCUUUCAUGCUUUUAAUACCAGAACCAGACCUUUAUUACUCUACGUAAACUAACAGGAAGUCAGAGUAUAGGUAUACCCAGAAUUGUGUAACUAAAGAAGCCUUUCCCUAAUAUAGCAAAAUGUAAACUAUAGAAUCUAGGUGUGUUUACUGUAUAAUUCAACUUUUCUGUGUCUGAAUAUUUUCACAAAAUAAUAGAAAAAGUAGAAGAAGAAUAUAAUUAAGUGCCCAACAUUGAAAGGCUGCAAGUGCUUUGUGACUACUCUUUGGUGUGGAUUAAUGAACAUGGUACCUUACAUGUCAUUUUAAUAUAUUAUAGUGCUCUUGCUAUGGAUAAUAGUAAAGGGACCCACGCUGAUGUGUUGGAAAUAGAAGUAAAUGUGUCUGUUGAUAUUGGUGUGACUUUGCAUGGAUGUUCACUUUCCUUGAAAUAAUAUAUUGAAGUAGCAAAAAAGAAUUUGUGUGAAUACAAAUUACUAUCAAUUACUCUCUCUAUCCUCUGAGCAAGGUGGAAUUUUAUUCAUUUGGAGUAGAAGCAGGUGAGUGCAGACCUUCCAAACUGAAGGCCAAGUCAAGGGUGAAUUCAUGGGGAAAAAUGCUGUUUAUGGGCAAAGGAGAAACUCCUGGGAGUUGUGAAUGCUUAAUUUGGGGGAAAGAUUCUGUCAAGUUCUAGAGAAGAGUAUAUAAUUCUUCCCCACAUUUGGCCUCUUCCCAAAGCAAAGUCAUGCAAGAAGCUAAAAGCCUCAGUUACUUAGUUUGUUCCAUGGAAUCAGCUUUGUUCAGAUGCUCCAGACAUCAAGAGGAAACUUGCAGAGGACUUUCUCCGAUAAAUAAAAGCACAUUUUAAAUUUAGACUUUUUUUAAAAACAGAGGCAGGAGCUAAUGUUUUUAAUAUGUCUUUACGAGUAUAGCUUGGUGUAAUUUCUUAGCAUUGCCGUGUAUUUUAAAAUAAAUUUAUUUUCCAUAUGUAUCUACAUAUAUACACACAUGCACACAUCUGAGGGAUUCUUCAUAGUCAUAAUUGAAGAGGAUUUAUUAAAAAUAAAUAAAACUUUAA